AUGGCAACUGAAUACAGCGAUGGUGGCGUUCCCUGCGUUGAGGUACCCCUUUAUGAAUGGGAGACAUCAACGGACAGUGGCUGGAGCGUGACGCUGGCGUGGUGCUUCACGAAUUUCGGUAGCGAACUGGCCUCGGCUUUUUACUAUAACGCCAUGACUACAUACUCGACUACAGUCAGUAACGACUACAGAGAGACAACGUCCACCUCGGAGCCUGAAGCGAGGACGACGCCGCCAGAAGUAUCACGAACCGACUCGCCAACUACUGAGGAGACCGGCACGGACAGGACAGAUAUAGCCCUGGGUGGGGCAGGUAAAGGAGAUGGCAAUGAUGGGGGAUCUGGGACGAAUAUCGGGGCUAUUGCGGGAGGCGUAGUUGGCGGUGUCGUAGGGCUUGCGCUCAUCGUACUGGGUGUAUGGUAUGCUGGGACGCAGUAUAAGGCCAAGGGUAAAGAGAUGAGGGAGCUUGGAAUAGGAUAUGUGGACGGACGUUGA